AUGGCAGCAGAACUUGUCGGUGGUGCUCUUCUUUCCGCUUUUCUUCAGGUUGCAUUCGACAGGUUGGCUUCUCCUCAAUUCCUUGACUUCUUUCGUGGAAGAAAACUUGAUGAGAAGCUGCUCGGCAACUUGAACAUCAUGCUGCACUCCAUCAAUGCUCUCGCUCAUGAUGCAGAACAGAAGCAGUUNACAGAUCCACACGUUAAAGCAUGGCUUUUUUCUGUCAAAGAGGCUGAUGAAUGCUGGAAAGUUUUUGAAAAACAAGCACUAAAAGAUGAUGAUCUUCGAUUGAAUGGUGAAAAAAAGGAGAUUGGUAAAAGAAUAGUUGAAAAGUGCAAAGGAUUACCACUUGCUUUGAAAACAAUUGGAAGUCUUCUCCGAACAAAGUCAUCAAGCUCAUAUUGGAAAAGCGUGUUGGAAAGCGACAUAUGGGAGUUACCAAAAGAAGUUGAAAUUAUCCCUGCUCUACUAUUGAGUUAUCAGCACCUUCCUUCUCAUCUAAAGAGGUGCUUUGCUUAUUGUGCAUUAUUUCCAAAAGAUUAUGAAUUUGACAAGAAGGAAUUAGUUUUGUUAUGGAUGGCUGAAGGUUUUCUUCACCACUCUAAAAUAAUCAAGAAUGUACAAGAAAUUGGUGAACAAUAUUUCGACGAUCUAUUAACGAGGUCCUUCUUUCUUCAAUCAAGCCUUGAAAUCCGGCAGACCAAGAAUGCACGUGAAAUUGGUGAAAAACAUUUGGACGGUCUAUUAACGAGGUCCUUCUCUCUUGAAUUAGGCUUUGAAAUGCGAUUCGUCAUGCAUGACCUUCUGAAUGAUUUGGCAAAAUAUGUUUGUGCAGACUUUUGUUUCAGGUUAAAAUUUGAUAAAGGAAAUUGUAUACCCAAUACAACCCGUCAUUUUUCAUUUUCACUCGAUUACGUAGGAUAUUUUGAUGGUUUACGAAGUUUAACAGACGCUGAAAGACUGCGUUCUUUUCAUUCAAUUACAAAUGGCACGAGAUAUCAUUUUGAUCUUCGUCAAUUCAAUAUUUUGGUGCAUGAAUUGUUCUCCAAAUUCAAGUUUUUACGUGUCUUAUCUUUGAAUGGAUAUUCUGAGCUUAGUGAGGUCCAUGAUUCUGUUGGUGAUCUUAAACAUCUCCGUUCAAUAGACCUUUCGCAUACUGAUAUACAGAAAUUGCCUAACUCAAUAGGUUUGCUCUAUAACUUGCUAAUACUGAAGUUGAACUAUUGUUCAUUUCUAGAAGAAUUACCUUCAAAUUUGCAUAUGCUCACCAAGUUGCAUUGUUUGGAAUUUGAACAUACAAAAGUGACAAAGAUGCCAAUGAAUUUUGGAGAGUUGAAGAAUCUUCAAGCACUGAGUACGUUUUGUGUUAAUAGAAAUAAUGAGGUCAUCAGUAUUAAGCAACUAGGAGGACUCAAUCUUCACGGAACGCUAUCAAUUAUGGAGGUGCAAAAUAUUGUGAAUCCUUUGAAUGCAUUAGAAGCAAAUUUGAAAAAUAAACAUCUUGUGGUGCUAGAGUUAAAAUGGAAUUCGAACCAUGUAUCUGAUGAUCCAGCAAAAGAAAAUAAAGUACUUGAGAAUCUAGAACCUUCCAAACACUUGGAACAUUUGUCAAUCCAUAAUUAUGGUGGUACACAAUUCCCAAGUUGGGUAUUCGAUAAUUCAUUACCAAAUUUGGUGUCCUUAUGGUUGGCUGAUUGUAAAUAUUGCUUAUGUUUGCCUCCCCUGGGACAAUUGUCAUCUCUGAAGACCCUCCAGAUUACAGGACUUGAUGGAUUAGUGAGCAUUGGUGCUGAAUUUUAUGGGAGCAACUCUUCUUCAUUCAAGUCCUUGGAAAUAUUGAAAUUUUACAACAUGAAGGAAUGGGAAGAAUGGGAAUGUAAAACUACUUCUUUUCCACAUCUUCGACAUCUUGUUAUUGUUCGAUGUCCCAAGCUGAAAAGUCUGCCAGAGCAACAUCUUCCUUUCAAGAAUCUAGAUAUUAAUAGCUGUAAUAAGCUUGCAAUUAGCAUAAACAACAUGUUCAGAUCCUCGCUUCAACUCUUGAGUAUUAUUUCAUGCUCAAUUGUGCACAUUCCUAUGACCAAUUACGAUUUUCUUGAAGAAAUGGAGAUUAAUAGUGACUGCUACUCUUUUACCAUCUUUGAGCUAGAUUUCUUUCCAAAGCUCCGUUUACUUCGAUUGAGUCGAUGCCAAAACCUCAGAAGAGUUUCACAGGGACACACUCAUAUUCAUCUAAAAGUACUAAGAAUUAAUGAAUGCCGUCUAUUUGAAUCAUUUCCAAGUGAAGGAUUAUCUGCACCGUUGCUACAAAUAAUUUCAAUUCGAGAAGCGGAGAAUUUGAAGUUGUUGCCGAAACGCAUGCAAAUCCUGCUUCCGUCUCUUACUGAGUUGGAGAUAAUUGAUUGUCCAAAAGUGGAGAAGUUCCCAGAAGGAGGUUUGCCAUCAAACGUAAAAAAGGUGUCUCUUUCAAGUUUAAAACUUAUCGCCUCCCUGAGAGACACUUUGGAUGCCAAUACAUGUCUGAAAAGCUUGACUAUUGAAAAGUUGGAGGUGGAGUCUUUUCCCGGUGAAGUUUUGCUGCCACGCUCUCUCACCUCUCUAAGCAUCCUAUUUUGCCCAAAUCUUAAAAAGCUUGACUACAAGGGUCUACGCAACGUCUCCUCUUUCGAAAUUUAUGGAUGCCCCAACCUUCAUCUAAGAUAAUUACAAAUACUUCUUGACUCUUCAUGAAUUGAUCUGUUAUUCUUCCUGAGACUGACAUGUAAAUUUUAUUUGUAAUUCAAAAGUAUUACCGAAUUUCGGAUUUUCUUAAGCAAGUUUCUUACAAUGAUGGGUACACAUCGCUUCCAAUGUCUUCUUCACUUCAAGUGAUAGCUCUAGGCAUCUUCUGUCAUGUUGUUUCUGCAAAAUUUUGUCUAAAGAGUGUACCAGCUUCUGCAUGUCUUGGAGUUCAGCAGUUCCCGCAAAAGAAUAUCAGUGAUAGUGAGGAAUGAGGA